GGAACGCUUCCCUGAUCACAAUCAUCGUGUUCUCGACUGCAGGUUGUAACGCAGCAGUCCUAUUCCUCCGUCCUCUUCACCCACACGAUGACUUUACCGGACGACAAGUUCAAAGUUCCUUCGCUGGUGCAAUAUUGCCAGCGAGUCGCUACAGCCCACGUCGACUCAAUCAGCAGCGUCGGCGACGAGCUACGUUAUGAUCUACUGAAACCGAUACUACAGCGCUGCACUGUAGAACAACUUUCCCGAUUCGAGGAAGCAUCGCCUCGUCUGGUAAACGAAACACCCGAAAUUUGGAAAGAUCUAUGUUUGCAGAAGUAUUCUGCGGCAGCUGAGCGAUACCAGAGCGCGUCGCUGGAGGAGCCAGUAUCAUGGAAGGAGCAAUACUUCGUUCUGGUGGAGGAGGAUGCUCGGCGAUUUGAGGAAGUUAGUUCUAAGCUUCGGCGGCAAAAACAGGAAGCCCAUGAACGAAAGAAGGAGUCCGAAAUCAAACUCACGACGCAGCGCCCCCCAGGCAGGAAGCCGUGUGCGAAUACUCUUAAUCUUAUUGAGGAACGAGCCAUGCUGACCCGCUCGGCAGGGGGCAUGCCAGCUAGGGUUGAACCUAAGACGCUGUUCCAAAAGACGAGAUCAGAAGCCUCUCGUCUUCAUAAGAACAAAUAUUCCCGGCCGAUGAUACCGCCGAUGCCCGGGAGCAAAACCUUCCGAGUGCUUUCAUCCAGCCACACAGACUUACUUCCCGCAGCCCGGCCGGAGACAAGGCGGGUCACCGUGACCACCGUCACCCAACGUGUUCCAGCAACGGGCGCCACGUUACAGACAGCAUCACCCAUGCCACGAAGAUCACUGCCUGCCAAUGGCGCAUUUAUCUCGUCCGCUGGGAGCCAGAACGGGGGGAAGCAAUCCGUGCCGGUCAAAGUCCCGCUGCCGUCAAUAUCAAGAGCCUUGCCUGCGCCUACAGAUACUUCGUCACAGCCUUCUCCUGCCAAACGUAGGAAGGCAAGCCCUAGCCCCGCGCAAGCCGACUUGCCCAAAGCGAUAUCGCCUGUCAAGCGGGAUCCCAUGGCUGCGUUGUUUAUGCCCAAGCAUCGAGCGUACUCGCAGCGGGCCAAGUAGUGUAAUUACAUACAUUUCGUAUCUCUUGCCGUGUAUUUUCAUUAUCGGAAUUGUACUAAAAUGGAUUAAUUCUGG